AAUUUCUGCUUGUGGCCGGCCACAUCGACACCCAUACUCAAGUUAAUAAUACUAAUCACGACAAAUUACUCCCACUCGUUUACCUAGAUUGAAUAUCUAAUGACUUUUUGAUCUAACUUAUCUUGCGAUCAAUCCCGAAUUGCCAAAAUGUCGGGGUAUCCAGCAGGCGGCGGCGGCGGUGGUGGUGGCCAUCAUGAUUACAAUGAUGCCUACGGGCAAAACCACGACUCAUACUACCAGGACGAGCAGAAUGGUCAAUACUACGACAACAAUAACGCCGCCAACAGCGGCAACAACUAUGAUGCUCCUGGACAACAGCAUCACGGAAACGAUGGCUACUAUGAUGAAUCUGGCUACUACAAUGCCGACCCCAAUAACCCUUACGCUGCCGAGGGCGGCUAUUAUGAUGGCCAUGAUCAAUACCAAGGAGCAGGAGGAGGUGAUUACUACGACGAUGGUAAUGGCUACUACGACCAAUAUGGCCAAGGUGGCGCCGCUCGUCGAGGCGAUUCCGAAGAAGAUUCCGAGACGUUCAGCGAUUUUACUAUGAGAUCCGACAUGGCUCGCGCCGCCGAUAUGGACUAUUACGGUCGUGGCGACGAAAGAUAUAGCGGUUAUGACAGCAAUGUAGGCGGCAGGGGAUACAGACCCCCGUCUUCUCAAGUUUCCUAUGGUGGUAACCGUUCGUCCGGCGCCUCUACUCCUAAUUAUGGGAUGGAUUAUGGCAACGUUCCCGGCGCUCAAAGGUCUCGAGAGCCGUAUCCAGCAUGGACUUCGGAUGCGCAAAUUCCCUUGUCGAAGGAGGAAGUCGAGGACAUAUUUUUGGAUCUUGCCAACAAAUUCGGAUUCCAGCGUGACAGCAUGCGCAAUAUGUACGACCAUCUGAUGGUGUUGUUAGAUUCCAGAGCCUCUCGGAUGACUCCGAACCAAGCUUUGCUUUCACUCCACGCUGAUUACAUUGGCGGUGACAAUGCCAAUUACCGGAAGUGGUACUUUGCUGCUCACCUUGAUCUUGACGAUGCUGUAGGCUUCGCGAACAUGGGCAAGAAGGCUCGCAAGUCUAGGAAGAAGUCCAAGGGAAAGAAGGGCGACCAACCCGAAGACCAAGUUCUGGAGGAUCUCGAAGGCGAUGACAGUUUAGAGGCCGCCGAGUUCCGCUGGAAGACUCGGAUGAACCGCAUGUCUCAACACGACCGAGUCCGCCAAAUCGCUUUAUAUCUGCUUUGCUGGGGUGAAGCGAAUCAAGUGCGAUUUAUGCCCGAGUGCCUUUGCUUCAUCUUCAAAUGUGCAGAUGACUAUUUGAAUUCACCCGCCUGCCAAAAUCUGGUCGAGCCGGUUGAAGAAGGAACAUUCUUGAAGAAUGUCAUCACGCCCCUCUACCAGUACUGUAGAGACCAAGGAUAUGAGAUCUCUAAUGGAGUGUAUGUUCGACGAGAGCGUGAUCACCAUCAAAUCAUCGGGUACGAUGAUUGCAACCAGCUCUUUUGGUAUCCGGAAGGUAUCGAACGCAUCGUUAUGGAGGACAAGAGUAAAUUAGUUGAUGUGCCUCCCCAAGAGCGCUAUCUGAAGCUCAAGGACGUUAAUUGGAAGAAGUGCUUCUUCAAGACUUACCGGGAAACGCGGUCUUGGUUCCACAUGAUUGUUAACUUCAAUCGUAUUUGGAUUAUUCAUUUGACCAUGUUCUGGUUUUACACCGCCAAAAACGUUCCCUCUCUCCUGGUCGGCAAAUCAUACGAGCAACAAGUCAAUCAGCAGCCGCCGGCAUCAGCGCAAUGGUCAGUAGUUGGUGCUGGAGGUGUUCUCGCUUCAUUGAUUCAGAUUAUUGCUACUUGUGCAGAAUGGGCUUACGUUCCGCGACGAUGGGCUGGUGCUCAGCAUCUCACCAAGAAGCUCCUCUUCCUGAUCGUUGUGUUCGCCAUUAAUCUCGCUCCUAGCGUCUACGUCUUCGUGAUUUGUGACGACAAAGCAAGAGAGGCUGAACCCGCUAGAAUUUUAGGUAUCGUCCAGUUCUUCAUCGCGCUGGUUACCUUCCUAUUCUUCUCUAUAAUGCCUCUUGGUGGCCUCUUUGGCAGCUACCUCACGAAAAAUUCGCGCCGCUAUGUUGCCAGCCAAACUUUUACCGCCAGCUGGCCGCAUCUCAAGGGUAAUGACAGAGUCUUGUCAUAUUUCUUGUGGGUAGUCGUCUUCGGUGCCAAGUUCGGAGAGUCGUAUACUUAUCUUACUUUAUCUCUUCGCGAUCCCAUUCGAUUCUUGUCAAUCAUGGAUACGUCGUCUUGCUUGGGAGACUAUAUUCUCGGAUCUAUUCUUUGCAGAUACCAGCCAAUUGUCGUCAUGAUCCUCAUGAUCCUCACUGACUUGAUCCUUUUCUUCCUCGACAGUUUCAUGUGGUAUGUCCUGUUAAACACGGUCAUCUCUAUUGCGAGGUCGUUCUAUCUUGGAUCAUCCAUCUGGACACCCUGGAGAAAUAUCUUCUCGCGACUUCCUAAACGUAUCUAUUCUAAGAUCCUCGCGACGACGGACAUGGAGAUCAAGUAUAAACCGAAGGUCUUGAUUUCCCAGAUUUGGAAUGCCAUUGUUAUCUCCAUGUACCGAGAGCACUUGCUCGCCAUCGAUCAUGUUCAAAAGCUGCUAUACCACCAGGUUCCAUCUGAACAGGAAGGCAAACGUACUCUUCGAGCGCCGACCUUCUUCGUCUCCCAGGAAGAUCACUCCUUCAAGACAGAAUUCUUUCCUACUCACAGCGAAGCCGAGCGACGUAUCUCCUUCUUCGCUCAGUCUCUGUCAACACCGAUUCCUGAGCCUCUUCCGGUCGAUAACAUGCCUACGUUUACCGUUCUGAUUCCUCACUAUGGUGAAAAGAUCCUAUUGACUUUACGAGAAAUUAUUCGUGAGGAUGAACCUUACUCUCGCGUGACACAGCUCGAAUAUCUUAAACAAUUACACCCUCACGAAUGGGAUUGCUUUGUCAAGGACACCAAAAUUCUUGCUGACGAGACAUCACAAUUCAACGGAGAUGAGGAGAAGGGCGAAAAGGAUACCGCCAAGAGCAAGAUCGAUGAUCUACCCUUCUACUGCAUUGGAUUCAAGUCUUCUGCCCCCGAAUAUACCCUCCGAACUCGUAUUUGGGCGUCGCUUCGAUCACAAACUCUCUACCGUACCAUCUCUGGUUUCAUGAACUAUAGCCGUGCCAUCAAGCUACUCUACCGCGUUGAGAAUCCUGAAGUCGUCCAGAUGUUCGGUGGCUCUUCUGACAAAUUGGAACGCGAGCUCGAAAGAAUGGCUAGACGCAAGUUCAAGCUCUGCGUCUCCAUGCAACGUUAUGCCAAAUUCAAGAAGGAGGAAAUGGAGAAUGCUGAAUUCCUUCUCCGAGCGUACCCUGAUCUGCAAAUUGCCUAUCUUGACGAAGAGCCCCCGUUGGUUGAAGGCGAGGAGCCGCGCAUCUAUUCUGCUCUGAUUGACGGCCACUCCGAGAUCAUGGAGAACGGUAUGCGACGACCCAAAUUCCGUAUCCAGCUCUCUGGCAAUCCAGUCUUGGGUGACGGCAAGUCCGACAACCAAAACCACUCUAUCAUCUUCUACCGUGGCGAGUACAUCCAACUCAUCGAUGCCAACCAGGACAACUAUUUGGAGGAAUGUCUCAAGAUCCGAUCCGUCUUAGCUGAAUUCGAGGAAAUGAAGCCCGAAAAUGUCUCGCCUUACACCCCUGGUGUGAAGAAUGAAAGCCCGGCUCCUGUUGCUAUCUUGGGUGCUCGUGAGUACAUUUUCUCGGAGAAUAUCGGUAUUCUUGGUGAUAUUGCCGCUGGAAAGGAACAAACAUUCGGUACCCUCUUCGCAAGAACUUUGUCCCAGGUUGGUGGCAAGCUCCAUUAUGGUCAUCCUGAUUUCCUCAACGGCAUCUUCAUGAAUACUCGCGGUGGUGUCUCCAAGGCUCAAAAGGGUCUGCAUCUGAACGAAGAUAUUUACGCUGGUAUGAAUGCCCUUCUCCGUGGCGGGCGUAUCAAGCACUGCGAAUACUACCAAUGUGGUAAGGGUCGUGAUCUUGGUUUCGGAUCUAUUCUCAACUUCACCACCAAGAUCGGCACCGGUAUGGGUGAACAAAUGCUCUCUCGAGAAUACUACUAUCUUGGCACACAACUUCCUAUUGAUCGCUUCUUGUCAUUCUACUAUGCCCAUCCCGGUUUCCAUUUGAACAACAUCUUCAUCAUGCUCUCUGUCGAGAUGUUUAUGAUUGUCUUGAUCAACAUUGGCGUUCUUCGACACGAAACACAGCCUUGUGAGUACAACCGAGAUGUCCCUAUUACGGACCCGUUGUAUCCCACCGGAUGUCAGAACACGGAUGCCCUUAUGGAUUGGAUCUACCGCUGCGUCAUUUCUAUCUUCGUUGUGUUCUUCUUGAACUUUGUGCCCUUGGUGGUGCAAGAGAUAACCGAACGCGGGUUCUUGCGUGCAGCAACCAGAUUGGCCAAGCAGUUGUGCUCUCUCUCGCCAUUUUUCGAAGUCUUCGUCUGUCAAAUCUAUGCCAACUCGGUGACUCAGGAUCUGUCUUUUGGUGGUGCCCGAUACAUUGGAACUGGUCGUGGUUUCGCCACCGCUCGUAUCCCCUUUGGCGUCCUGUACUCCCGUUUCGCUGGCCCUUCUAUCUACUUCGGCGCGCGUCUGCUAAUAAUGUUGCUGUUCGCGACGCUGACUGUGUGGCAAGCGGCCCUGGUAUACUUCUGGAUUUCACUUCUGGCCCUGGUCAUCUCUCCAUUCUUGUACAACCCUCACCAGUUUGCGUGGCACGACUUCUUCAUCGACUAUCGCGAUUAUCUUCGCUGGCUGUCACGUGGCAAUUCUCUUAGCCAUUCGUCGUCUUGGAUCUCUUUCUGCCGACUUUCUCGUACGAGAAUGACCGGUUACAAGCGCAAGGUCCUUGGAGACCCAUCUGGCAAGCUUUCCGCCGACGUUCCUCGUGCGGCUAUCACCAAUGUGCUCUUUGGAGAAAUAGUCGCGCCUCUUCUUCUAGUAGCCGUCACACUCAUUCCAUAUCUGUUCAUCAAUGCUCAGACUGGUGUUUCGGCCAACGACCCGCAAGCUAAGCCCACUGCAUCAUUAAUCCGCAUUGCUAUAAUUGCCUUUGCACCCAUUGCUGUCAAUGCCGGUCUUCUCGCUGCCUUAUUCGGUAUGGCAUGUUGUAUGGGACCACUGCUUAGCAUGUGCUGCAAGAGAUUUGGUAGCGUCUUGGCGGCGAUUGCCCAUGCUGUUGCUGUCAUCAUAUUGCUUGUAUUCUUCGAGGUUCUGUUCUUCCUCGAGGGAUUCGACUUCACGAGAACUCUUCUAGGAAUGAUCACUGUCGUGGCGCUUCAACGAUUCUUCUUGAAGCUUAUCAUUUGUUUCGCACUUACUCGUGAGUUUAAGACGGAUCAGUCCAACAUCGCGUUCUGGACAGGCAAGUGGUAUUCUAUGGGUUGGCACUCCGUUUCCCAGCCGGCACGUGAAUUUCUCUGCAAGAUUACCGAGCUCAGCAUGUUCGCUGCCGAUUUCAUCCUCGGCCAUUUCCUCUUGUUCAUGAUGGUGCCUAUUAUCAUUAUCCCACAAGUUGACAAGCUCCACUCUAUGAUGCUCUUCUGGCUGCGGCCAAGUCGUCAAAUUCGCCCACCCAUCUAUUCGAUGAAGCAGUCCAAGCUCCGAAGAAGACGGGUUGUUCGCUACGCUGUUCUGUACUUCUUUCUGCUUAUCCUUUUUGUUGGCCUGAUGGUGGGACCAUCCGUAGCUGGCAAGUUCCUCCCUGCGAAUAUGAGCAAAAACAUCGAGUCAUCCCUCGGCCUCCCUUUCCCAUUGUUCCAGCCCGCCAAUCAAGACAACGACAACACCCAGAACCGUACGGAAACUGGUACGGGUAAACCAGGCUACUCAGGGCCAGGACUGGCGUCUAUGACAACAGGCGCAAACGCAAAGGAGACGGAUUCUUCCGACUCUAAGAAAUUCAGAUUUGUCUAGUUACUACUAAGAGACAUCUGUAUGAUAGAAAUCAGAGGGAGAAAAUGAAGCGGCUGGUGACUCUACUAAUUUGGAAUUAGGAGGGGCAACCGGAGUGGUGGUUGAAGUCGUUCGAGGCAAGGUGCUGUGUAUUGAAGAUGAAGAGCGUCAUGGCACAUGGUAUUUUUAUUCCUCUUAGAGUCACGGGCAUAAAUAGUUGCAGGUUUUUCUUUUUCUCUUUUUCAGUCUCUGAAAUGGAUCGAGAUGGUGUUCAAUAAUGAUAAGGAUUCCUAUUGCAUUUGUUAUUUGAAAUGUUUUGAUGCGCAACGUACAAGUCACUAUGUGCAUACAUGGUAGUAUUAGGUGUUC